CAGCAGAAGCAACACAAAUGCCCAGCUACUCCAAAGAAGACACGCUUUUCGACCAGGCUGCUGCCGGUUUUCCCGACAGAUACUCGCCCAUAUCCUCGCGCCACAGACACAGAUACCCCCUCUACACCCACCACUACCACGAGAAACACAACGAGAAACAUACCUCCUCCAGCUCCAGCUCCAGCUCCAGCUCCCUGCCCAAUUCUAGAAGAACAAAGUACCUGAUCCUUCUCCUUUCCUUGCUUCUUGUUGUCUUCUACUACUCACCUGUCUUAUCCUUUUUCCAUCCUCACUCCCACCCUCCCACAGAACACGAUUUCGUCCAUAACUGUCACCUAAAACCCUUCUUCCACAACAAAUACUACAACAAGAACAAACUAGACUUAUCCAACAAGGCCUCCCAACGAAAGUUCUUUGAAAAUUUCGACUUGGCUGCUCCAAACUCUUUGUCCAGUGAUUUCCUCAACAACAUCAACAACUCCAACAACAUCUCCAACCCAGUCAAGGAAAUCUUCCAGGUCUCCUCUCCAAUCAAUUUGGCAAACUACUCCCUUUUCCAUACUCAACCUCUCUUGCUCAAUUACACCUUUGGUGACUCUUGGGGCAAACCCUCUAUUUCCACCAUAAUCCCACCGGUUCUAAAAAAUCUUGUCCCAGAUUACCAGUUCUACAAAGACAACAACCUCUUCAAAAUCCUACUAGAAAUCAACAUCACCUCAAAUGGCGUCCAGUACGACAGAUUGGCCCAUUUGUAUCUCAACAAAAUUCCAAUCUGGAGAACAAGUACUCCAGAACCUGGCAACUCCAGAAUUCACUCCUCCUUCAGAAAGGACGUCUCCACUUACCUUUCCCUCUUCGAAAACGAUCAAUUGGAAUUGAUGUUCCAGCUAGACAACCUCCUAACCGGCAGACUAACUGGCAAAUUCAACAUCUCCAUCUCUUCCUACUACUACAAAGCCUCUUCUCCAUCCACCAUCUCCCUUCUUGACAGUAACAGCAACAACAACAACGACAACUUUAACGAAGACACCCUCAACUUGUACCAAAACAACAGUGACAUCCUCCUAAACUCUCUUUUCUCCAUCUACAACAAACCGGCAAACAAAAUCAUCCCCAUCAUCAACAAGAAAAUCAACUCAAGACCCCCCUUGGUCUACCUCCCUUCCUCAAACCUCAUCUUUCCAAUCCAAAAAUUACCCUCAAACACAACAAGAGUCAAAUUGGCCCUCUUCAUCUCCGGCAACGCUGCUGAAGAAUUUUGGUACUCAAACGUCCUCGACCCUUAUAAAAACAAAUUCUCCGAUAAUGGCCAUCAACUACUUGGCCAUGGACCCUGCAGACUCAUAAACAUCUACUUGAACAACAAACUCAUCUCAAUUCAAAACCCUACUCCUGUGAUCUUCACAGGUGGUAUCUCUCCUGCUCUCUGGUCCCCAGUGGUUUCAACUGGUGCCUACGAUCUAAAGGCUCUUGAAUUCGACCUCACUCCCUACCUACCUCUAUUCUGGUCAAACAUCAACGACCUCAAAAUUGAAGUCUCAAACUGCCUCCGCAACAAAAUGUCUCCCCAAUCAAUUGGCCAAAACUGGAUCACAACUGGCAAUCUACUAAUCUGGCAAAAUGAUCAAAUCUUAAACUCAAAUGGAAAAAUCCUAUCAACAAACAACACAAACAACGUCUUCUCAAACGUAAUCGACUCCUCCUCAAAGGACCUAUCCCAAUUUAUCAACUCGUCAAAUAAAUUUUCCAUAAAAUCAAAAUUGAACUUCAACUUGCAAAACAAUAAAAACAUCUCCGUCAUUAUCGAUAACAAUCGUCAUGUCAAAAACUCAAACAUCCAAUACUACAAAAAAAACGCUGAUUCUCAAUCUGUCCUAUCAAUUAUCGAAUUCAAAAACUCUUUUGGUCUAAUCAACUACAAAGACUAUCUAUCCAAUAACUACAACUCCUCCAUCUCACUAAACACAACUUCAACUUAUCCGUUAAAUAUCCAAAUGGAUUUCGACUCAAUCUCCGAUUCUUACGACAUUAAAUAUUUUGUCAAACUAUUCAAAGCCAUCAACCACAAAAUUAACAUGAAUAACGACAAAUUCUCAAUCCAAAAGAAAAAUGAACAAAAGGGUAAUUCAACUUUUAUAAUCUCACCAAAGAGAAAUCAUGGUUUUGGCUCAAUGAAAACUAACGUCCUCCUAUCUAGUAAAGGCUUUGAAAAUAAUGAUAAUCUAAAUUACACAAGAAAAGUCUUAGCUGUCAAUGGCUCAAUCCAAUAUGACAUUGUUAAUGGCGAAUUCAAAAACAAAGAUUAUUAUUUAAAUAACUUUUUCAACAAAGAUAUUCUUAACCAAAAUGCCCUAAAUGAUAGCAACAUCCAAAAUAAUGUUUGCUCGUUUUAUGAAAAAUUAAAUGACGAUAAAUGCUUUUCUUCAUGGUUAAAUCUUGAUAAAGAAAAAACUCAAUUUAAUAAACAUUUAUCCUUCUUAAAAAAUGAUCCAAAUUAUCAAGGAAUGCUUUCACAUUUAGAAGACUUGUAUAAGGAGGACCAAAUAGAUAAGGAGGUUUUCAGCUCUUUCUUAUCUUCUUUAGUUGACAAUUAUUAAGCAAAUGAAAAAAAAAAAAAAGGAAAAGAAAAAAAAGAAAAACACUUAUUUUGAAGCUUAUAAAAAUUGAGAGAUGAAAAUUCCAACUUAAACAUAUCAAACCUACUUUUUAAUUCUUUAUACAUAUUCAUUACUUAUCACUAUGAUUUUUAU